CAACUCUCGUGUCGGCAUUCGAAUGUCGUCCACCAUGGAGGGAACAGAGGACCGACCGUCCCAACUUAGAAUUUAUUUGAUUGUCUUAGCUGUGAGCACAAUAUACCUCUCGACUGGCAUGGUCACAGGAUGGUCCUCCCCAAUCCUGCCUAAACUGAACUUGACGGCCCAUGAGCAAGGUCUGGUGACAUCACUAGCAUCCUUUGGAGCUGCCCCUGGACCCUUCAUCACCACCUUCUGCCUCGACACCAUCGGCAGGAAAGGGACUCUAUUCAUCAUAUGGUCAUUUUAUCUGACUUCUUGGAUUAUAUUAUUGGUCUCUCAGAACGUUUAUGUAAUAUAUAUCGCUAGGCUCAUCGCUGGCCUAGGAGUUGGUGGAGCCACUAGUGGAAUCCCAGUUUAUAUAUCUGAGGUGGCACUCGCUGGAGUCAGAGGCCGCCUUGGUGCGGCCAGUACAAUGAUGAUCGCACUCGGAGGUCUCAUCAUGUACUGGGUCGGACCUUCUGUCAGUUAUACCACCAUAUCAAUAUUUGGAAUAGCCUUAGCUCUAAUAGCUUUUGUCAUCUUCUUUGUCCCAGAGUCUCCUUUCCACCACAUCAAUAAAGGAAGAAAAAAGGAAGCUGAAAUGGCUCUGCAAAAGUUAAGAGGGUACAGCACACGGGAAAAGCUGGAAGAAGAAUUGGAGGAAAUCAUAAAAACAAUAACUCAAAAAGAAGAGAAUGCAAUCGGCUGGCUGGAAGGAUUGAAACACCCAGCAGCUUUUAAGGGGAUUGGACUUGGCAUUUACUUAAGUUCUAUGACUUAUUUUUCCGGCCUGAUAGUUCAAGGUGCCUACGCUCAGACCAUCUACACAAGCUUCGAGCUCAGUUUUUCAGCAAGCUACGUUGGUGUUGUAAAUACUUUUGCUAAUAUCUUAUUCUCAUUUCUCCCUGUUUUGUUCAUUAACAAGUGUAUUGGUAUGAAAGCCGGUAUUGUCAUUUCUGCAUUUGGCUGUGGGUUGACAUGUGUAUUCCUGGGUGUUUACUUUUACUUCAUCAAAGCUGGCUAUGAUCUCUACGACUACAGUUACCUAGCUAUUGUUCUUUCUGUUGCCAAUACUUUCGCUCAUUCCAUUGGAUUGGGUGCCUUAGUCUACACAAUGGUAGCAGAGCUCAUGCCUAUGUCUGUUAAAGGAAUUGGAAUGGGAUUGGUCGGCUGUGUUGGCUCACUUAUAGGUUUUGGUGUCUUGGAAAUCUUCCCUAUCAUUGCAAGCGCUUAUGGAUAUUCUACUGACUUUUUUGGUUUGGCUAUUAUAAUGUUUGUAUUUGCAACUCUUGCUAUUUUCAUUCUACCUGACACAACAGGGAAAACACUUCAAGAAAUUGAAGAACUUCUUUCUUAGAAGAACUGAAGAAUCUUUAUUAUAUGGAUCUGUAAUUUAUUAUAUUGUAAUUAUAUAGAAAAACCCAAAGUUUUUUUGUUUUCUUUAAAUUACUCCUGUUUGUUUUUGAAUGAAUAGAUUUUAUAAGUGCCUGAAUUUGACAAGAUAUAUUUUAUACC